UGGUAAAUUCAUUUUAUAUUAUUUGUCUUAAAUAGAGUUUUUAAAUAUCUAAUAAAUAAUGUCUCCUCAACUUCGACCAAGUAAAAAUGUUAUCAUGCAAGUUUUAUGGACAGGCAUUGACAGUUCUGUCCCAAGUCUCUAUAUAUUUACAGAUUCUAAAAAGUAUCUGUUUAAUUGUGGGGAAGGCAUGCAGCGAAUAUUUACAAGCAACAAAAUGUUGCGAUUUGGACGCCUUGAUACAUUUUUUAUGACUCGUCAUGAGUGGACGCAUAUGGGAGGACUUCCAGGAUUUGGAAUGACUUUGAGAGAUAUGAAAAGAAUUUUAUCUGAACAAAAUCAAAAACAUUUCAUCAACGAAGCUGUUAAAUAUGAUCAGAAGAUAAAAUCAACUCCAGAAAUAAUGGUGCAUGCUCCACCUAGUAUGAUAGAUGUAAUUACUGGAGCACAAACAUUUAUGCGGUUUGACAAUUCUGGUGUGAACUUUAAGGUUGAAUCAAGUUUUAAUAAAUGUUUCACAGAUGGAGAAAUGACAGUCUUUCCUAUUCUUAUUGAAUCUGAAAAAGAAGAAAAUAAGAGCCUAUCACAAGCUAUGAGCUAUCUUUGUCAAUUGCUUCCACUACCUGGAAAGUUUCUAAUUAAAGAUGCACUGAGACUUGGUGUACCAAAAGGUCCCCUUUUUGGUGCUUUGUCACGUGGAGAGAGUGUAACUUUACCUUGCGGUAAAGUGAUUAGUCCUGAGCAAGUAAUGGAGCCACAAGUAAAUGGUGUAACUUUUUUUGUUUUGGACUGCCCAACUGAAUUACAUAUAAAAAGUCUGCAGGAAGGUAUUAAACAAUAUAUGAAACUCAAAAGUUCUCCUCAUUUAGUAAUCCAUGCUGCUUCUAAAUCAGUUUGCAACUCCGAUUUUUAUAAAUUAUUUUUGCAAUGUUUUCCACCAUCUACACAACAUUUAUAUCUAAGUGAAUGUCAGCAAAGACUUUCUUCUGUAUUUGGUCCUCAACAUGAGAUGCAAAUGAAGCUUCAUCAAAUACAUCCUAUAUUUUUUCCUUUAAUUGAAUUGCAGGUUGAAAGAAGUCAAGUGGAAAGAAAUGGGUUAUUUAAUUUUUCAAGAAUUAAAUUGCGAGAUGUUAUGUCUUCUAUUGAAUAUGAUAACUCACAGACAAUUAGUGAAAUAGAAAUAAAUACUAUUCCCGUGGCUAAUAAUUUCAAGACAGAAAAUGAUUUUUUUAAUUCUGCCCAGUUGAAUAAAUCAAAUAAUAUCUUCGAAAGAGUUUCAAAUUUGUUUAGAAAGCGCAAAAGUAGUUCUAGUUCUUCUGAUGAGUUUUUGCCACCUAAAAAAAAUGACAAUCAGUCUUUUAAGGAGUACCCAAAAGUUGUUUUUUUUGGUACAGGCUCCUCAAUACCUUCAAAGCUACGCAAUGUAUCAUCAACACUUCUAUUUUUUAGUGAAGAUGAAGCUGUUUUACUUGAUUGUGGUGAGGAAUGUUAUGGCCAGUUGUUUCGACAUUAUGGAAAUAAAAUCACACAUAUAUUACGUUGUAUUAAAAUUAUUCUUAUUUCUCAUAUGCAUGCUGACCAUCAUCUUGGUUUGUUCACAUUACUAGACAAAAUGAAGUUAAUUGAAAAGGAUUCUGUCAUUCUUGUUGCUCCAGAAAUCAUGAUGAAUUGGCUAAACUGCUAUAAGCGCAUAGAUUUAAAAUCAUUAAAUUUUAUAUCUAAUGAAAAACUAAUGAGAGAUGGGGAAGUGCUUUUCAGAAACAUUCAUGUUCAGUCUGUAAAAGUUGACCAUCCUGGACAUGCCUAUGGUUUUGUUAUUUCUAAAGAUAGGUGUAAAGUAACUUUUUCUGGAGAUACUUUGCCUUCUAAUGAACUUAUUAAAGCAGGAGAAGACAGUACUAUAUUAAUUCAUGAAGCAACAAUGGAAGAUGAUAAAGCUGAAGAAGCUUUUUUAAAAAAACACAGUACAAUUGGACAAGCGUUUGUGGUUGCACAAAAGAUGAAGGCGAAAAAUCUUCUUUUAACUCAUUUCAGUCAACGUUACCCUAAAAUACCUAAUUUGAAUGACAUUAAAUCCAGUAUACCUUUUGUACUAGCUUUUGACCAUAUGGAGGUAUCCAUGGAUAUGAUUGAUGAAUUCGAAAGUAUUCUUCCCCAACUCAACUUUCUAUUUUCAACCGAUACUCAAGAAAUUCAAGAAGUUCAUGAAAAUGCACAAGUUAAAACUCAAAUAAAUGCACAAAAUAAUAUCCAUGAAGAUACUAUAAAAGCUUCUUAGUUGCUAUAUUUUUAUAUUGGCUUUUUUUUUUAUGUACUAUUUCUUUUAAGAAAAUUUUUAAUUUAAAGUAAUGAAGUUUUACUAUCUGUUAUUAUUCGAAGUAUUUAUUAAAUCGUUAAUUGUUAACAGUAAUAAUUAUAAAUCAGUCAAAAAAAUAUAUGAACUAAACAUCUAAAUUGGUGUUUUUGGAACUAAUAAGGGAGUAUCAUAUAAAAUUCAUCAAGUCCCAACAAUAUGUGGCUUUGUUAGUUUUUUAUGUUUGUUCUAACUGUAUUUAUGUUUUUUUUUUUUGUAAAUAUGUUAAUAGAAGCAGAUUUAGGAGGUUAUAGUUUAUCAUCUCUGAUCUAUCAGAAUAAUGUUACAUACUCAGAUCUAGGAGGUUAGGGUUUAUCCACAUUGAUCUAGGAGGUUAGGGCUUGCAUUUUAUGAAAUGAGUACAUAUUUUUUUGUUUUUUUGUAUUACAUAAUAUCUUGUAAUGUUUAGAUAACUUUUACUUUUUUAUAAAAAAGUUUUUGUCUAGUUUUUCAUUCUUUUUUUUUGUCUUUUAUACUCUCUAUUUUUUUAAUCUUCAAUCUUUUAUACUCUCUAGUUUUUUAAUUUUCUGUCUAGUUGUUUAAUGUUUUGUUCUAGUUUUUUAAUCUUUUUAUUUAAAAUAAAAACAAAAGCAUAAUGGGUAAUGAAGAUUUUCAGUCAGUUGCUAAGAAGAUCCAUUUGGAGAAAGCUAAGUAUCUUUAUGAAAAGACUUGCAUCAAUCUAAAACUAAUAGAAGAACAAAACCCUAACAUCCUUUAUUGCCCUACUAAAAUUGUUCAUCCAAAGUUCAAAGAUUUCAAACCUCUUGAUUUGGAAAGUUACUUAAGAGACUGGAAACUACUUAACAGUAAAAGUUGAAAAAACAAUUGUUUUCAAUGUUAUUUUUGAAAGUUAAAAAAUUUGCGUUGAGAAA